GACCCCGCCCCUGCUGGCCGUCCAGCGGACAUUUGUCCGGGCAAAGACUCUGCAGGAUGUCGACGUUUAAGUCCGAUUUCCACUCAACAAGUCCGGGGAGAUUUUAACACUCGGCGGAAAGGACAGGAGAAAGCAACUUAGUCGGGCACUGACCUGAGGUCUGCUGCAUAGCUUCCCUGCACCAGCCCUGCAGUACUUCCCCCCCCGGAUGGUACGGCGCGGCGGAGAGCCACAAAUCACCCAGAAAAGACGAAAGAAUGAAGACCAGCUAGGCGAUCGUCUCUAAAUAAUCGCCCGGUGUCCCGCGCAGAUGUGCGGCGAACACGUCCGCAUCGCACGCUAACCGACAAGUAGCUUUUUUUUUCUUUUUCUCCUCUGCACCUCGUAAAAUCUUAAGGACGUCAUGAGCGCCGAAGGCUAUCAGUACCGGGCUCUUUACGAGUACAAGAAGGAGCGCGAGGAGGACAUUGACUUGCACGUGGGGGACAUAUUGCUGGUGAGCAAGGGGGCGCUGGCGGCGCAGGGCUACGCCGACGGCCUGGAGCAGAGGCCCGAAGAGAUCGGGUGGCUGCCCGGCUUCAAUGAGAGCACCCAGGAGAAGGGCGACUUCCCCGGCACGUACGUGGAGUACAUCGGGAAGAAGUGGAUCUCGCCGCCCACGCCCAAGCCCAGGCCGCUCAGACCCCUGCCGGUGGCUCCCGGGGUGUUCCGGGCCGAGGCCGACUCCGACUCGGAGCAAGGCUUCUGGCUGCUGGACCUGACGGAGCAGUUUUCCCUCCCAGAGACGGCCCCGCCCCCCUUGGUCCGUCUGCUCCAAGCCAUCGAGAAGAAAGGUCUGGAGAACCCGACCUUGUACAGAACUUUUACGGCGGGCGGCGGCCUCGAGGUCCGACAGUUGUUUGAGUCUGACGCUCCCACCGUGGACCUGGAGCAGCUGGACCUUCCCAACCUGUGUGACGGCCUGCGCCGGUUCCUGCAGGACCUUCCCCAGCCCAUCGUCCCGCCCGCUCUGUACGCCCAGAUGGUGCACACGGCCAAAGAGGUGCAGAAUCCCGAGGAGUGCGCCCGGAUGCUGCGCCGCGUCACCAGCAGCCCCACCCUGCCCCCCCAGUACUGGCUCACCCUGCAGUGUGUGCUCCGACACCUGGCCCACGUCUGCCAGAGCGCGUCCAAGAACCUGCUGAGCGCCAGAGCUGUGGGCGAGAUCUUCAGCCCCUUCUUCUUCAGGCAGCAGAGCACCAGCUGUGAGCCCAGCUUGGACGCUCACGUCAGGAUCAUCGAGGUUCUGGUGGCCAGCGAAUGGACUGAAAGUCAGGCGGCUCCAGCUCUCCCUCCGAAGCCGCCUAAGCCCGCCAUCGCCGCCGCCGCCGUGGGCGCCAACGGUCUGAACAACAGCAUGGCGCUGCAGGACGCCGAGUGGUACUGGGGGGACAUCUCCCGCGAGGAGGUCAACGAGAAGCUGAGAGAUACGGCCGACGGGACCUUCCUGGUGCGGGACGCCUCCACCAAAAUGCACGGCGACUACACCCUGACGCUGAGGAAAGGCGGCAACAACAAGCUCAUCAAGAUUUUCCACCGGGACGGAAAGUACGGCUUCUCGGACCCGCUGACCUUCAGCUCGGUGGUGGAGCUCAUCAACCACUACCGCAACGAGUCCCUGGCGCAGUACAACCCCAAGCUGGACGUCAAGCUGCUCUACCCGGUCUCCAAACACCAGCAGGAUCAGGUGGUGAAGGAGGACAACAUCGAGGCCGUGGGCAGGAAGUUGUGCGAGUACCACCAGCAGUACCAGGAGAAGAACAAGGAGUACGAUCGACUCUACGAAGAAUACACCAGAACCUCACAGGAGAUCCAGAUGAAGAGGACCGCCAUCGAGGCCUUCAACGAGACCAUCAAGAUCUUCGAGGAGCAAUGUCAGACGCAGGAGCGCUACAGCAAAGAGUACAUCGAGAAGUUCAGGAGGGAAGGAAACGACAAGGAGAUCCAGAGGAUCGUGGGGAACUACGAGAAGCUGAAGUCCAGGAUCAGCGAGAUCGUGGACAGUAAAAGUCGCCUGGAGGAGGACUUGAAGAAGCAGGCGGCCGACUACCGAGAGAUCGACAAGAGGAUGAACAGCAUCAAACCGGACCUCAUUCAGCUGCGCAAGACCAGAGACCAGUACCUCAUGUGGUUGACGCAGAAAGGAGUGCGGCAGAAGAAACUGAACGAGUGGCUCGGCAUCAAGAACGACAACAUCGAAGACCAAUACUCCAUGGUGGACGACGACGAGGACCUUCCUCACCACGACGAGCGCUCCUGGAAGCUGGGCAACAUGAAGCGUCAGCAGGCCGAGGCGCUGCUGCAGAGCAAGCGAGACGGAACAUUCCUGGUGCGGGAGAGCAGCAAGGCGGGAUGUUACGCCUGCAGCGUGGUCGUGGACGGCGAGGUGAAGCACUGCGUCAUCAACAAGACGCCGUCCGGCUACGGUUUCGCCGAGCCGUACAACCUGUACGGCUCCCUGAAAGAACUGGUGCUGCACUACCAGCACACGUCUCUGGUGCAGCACAACGACUCUCUGAAUGUCACGCUGGCUUACCCCGUCUACGCUCAGCAGAAGCGAUGAACCUUUGCACAAAGGCACGCCGGAAAGGCCGCACCGAGGUACACGUCACUGGACUCGCGCGCCGUAGAUGCGCCGCCGCUUUGUCGGAGGGGGGAGGGGGGGAAUUUUGACUUCCUGCCGCCGCCGCCGGCGUGAAUGUACAUUUUUGAAGGCAAGAGUAGAGACGGAGCUGCUGAACUCUUUGAGGCCUUUUUUCCCCAAAACGGUGCUCGAGCAGCCCUCCUGUCUGACCAACUCUCCUUUUCUUUGCCCCUGUCCAUGUGACCAAAUCUCGUCGAAUCAGGAAGGGGCGUGUUGUCGGAGGGGGCGGAGUCAGGUACUUGCUGGUGUUAACUGUUCAACAGCAGAUCAGCUGAUCAAUGUAGCAUAAUGGCACUUUUCAAACGAUCCUUCUUUUUCUGGGUGUGUUCUUGGACGAGUCCUGUGGACUUGCAGGCAGUUGAAAACUACUUUGGUGUGCAAGACCCUUACCCACAAUCCCCUGCAACACCCCUACCCACAGUCAGCAUUAGGAGACGACAAAUUACGAGAUAAAAAAGUCAAAGUUAUGAAAUAGAAAGUUGAGAUUAUGAGAACAGUAAAAGUGAUGAGUCGAAAUUAUGAGGAAAAAAGUCAAUUAUGUGACAUAAUUAAAAGAUAAAAAGUCAAAGAUGAGAUGAAGUCGAAAUUGUGAGAAAAAAGGUCAAUAAUGUGAGUCAUAUAUGAGCUAAAGAGUCUUAAUUAUGAGGUAGUUUAAAUUAUGAGUGAUAAUUAUAAAAUGAAAAGUAAAUUAUGAGAUAAAAAGUGAAAAUUAUGAGCAAGUCCUUAAAGGCCUCCUGAAAGUCACUACUACCGACCACGCAUUCUGAUAAUUUAUAUAUCAAUGAUGAAAUAUUAACAUUGCAACACAUGCCAAUAUUAAGUUUACUAAAUUGCAAUUUUAAAUUUCGCAGGAAAUUAUCAUGCUAAAACGUCGCGGUACAAUGAUGCACACGCGUGACGUCACAAGGACAUUUUGUUCCAGCACCGUUCCCAGCUAUAAGUCGUCUCUAUUCAUCGCAUAAUUCCACAGUAUUCUGGACUUCUGUGUUGCUUAAUCUUUUUCAAUUUGUUCAAUGAAUAAUGGAGACGUCAAAGAAGAAAGCCGUAGGUGGGAAGCGGUGUAUUGCGGCUGCCUUUAGCGACACAAACACAGCCGGUGUUUCAUUGUUUACAUGCCCGAAAGGUGAAGCUUUACUAUGGAACAGAGCGGUCAAGCGUACGCGGUUGGAUUGGACCAAACACACAAAGUGUAUUGUGCAGCGAUCAUUUCGAAAGAUCAUGUUGCGAAGAGGGUUCCUUGCAAAGGGCAAAGAUGGGCAUCCCCACCACCCGACGACUGGUGCGGGGCCGACCUUCAGGUUGUACAAGUACGACCAUAUAAUCUCACUAAAACACUAGUUACACAAUAAGCAGUUAAGGGAUUUUCCAGAAUUAUCCUAGUAAAUUUGUCUAACAUCUGAAUCGCUCCCACUGUAUAGUCUUUUUUUUCCCCUCGUCCUUCACUCUCCCUUUCCUCAUCCACAAAUCUUUCAUCCUUGCUUCAAUUAAUGGGGAAAUUGUCGCUUUCUUGGUCGGAACCGCUCUCGCUGCUGGUGGCCAUGAUUGUAAACAAUGUUCAGAUGUGAGGAGCUCCACAACCCAUAAUGUCACGCGCACAUCGUCUGCUACUUCCGGUACAGACAAGGCUUCUUAAAUCAGCACCAAAAGUUGCAAACUUUAUCGUCGAUGUUCUCUACUAAAUCCUUUCAGCAAAAGUAUGGAAAUAUCACGAAAUAAUCAAGUAUGACACAUAGAAUGGACCUGCUAUCCCCGUUCAAAUAAGAACAUCUCAUUUCAGUAGGCAUUUAAGUCCAAAAUGAGAUAUAAAAGUCAAAAUUAUGAGCAAGUCGUGAUUAUUAGACAGUUGAAAUAACGAGCCAAAAUUAAGAUGUAAAAAGUCAUAAUUACAAGAAUCAAUAUUAUGAAAUGAAGUCAAAAUUAUGAGAUAAAAACAACCUUCAAAUUGUGACUUUUUACAUAAAUUAGAUAAAAACAACUCAUGACUUUUUUAAUCUCAUAAGAUCAAUAAAAACUUGUGAUUAUCUCUUAAUAAUUAUAUUACUUUUUAUUUAAAUUUUGACUAUCUCAGCAUUGACUUUAUCAUAAUUAUGACUUUAAAAAUUUAGACUCUCAUUUCUACUUUUUUUUCAUAACAAAGGAAGACAAAAAAAAAAUCAUGAUUAUGAUAAAAAAAAUACUUGUAAUCUCAUAAUUUUGACAUUUUGUGUUGUUUUCAUGUGUGUGGGUCUUGCAUACUUUUGCACCAAAGCAAAAAGGACAAAACUGUUGAUUUGUGUUGUUUCUGACCUGCUAUGCAAAAUAUAAGCUUCUUUUUAUUUACACGCUCAUAAUACUUCCCUUCUUUCUGCAAGAUAAAUAUUUUUAUUCAAAGUCUUUUUGUUGCUACAAGCCGGAAGUUCUCAGGCAGAACAUUUGCUUCAGUGGGAAAGUUCUCAAAAAAAAAAAAAAAUAAAGAAGCCUUUUCAUGCAGUCGACUGGCAAGCGCCACCACAGUAAAGAUUUAUUUUCUUAGAAGAGUUCUAUCUGUAUAUUUCUAUCAUAUUUCUAUAUAUCAGUGGCGAUUGCUGGCUUUUCAGGGAGGGGGAGUUCAUUAUCUGUGGGCAGCAACCAUGUCAUUUAGAUUCCAUUCUUGCUUCACACCAAUGUAAUAUUUGGUCGAAGAAUUAAAAUGAAUAUUUCAAAACAGGCUAGAAAAGCUCCUGUGUGCAUGGAUUAAGUCUUUAAAAUAUUCUUUGAAUAGAUUUUUAUUCAAAUAAGAAAUAUGUAUAUACAUUGUUUAUUUGAAUAAAAAUCUAUUAUACAAAGUAUAUUUACUUUAUUAUUUUUUCUUUUAAAUCCCUUUUUUAAUUGUUUCCAAGCCUAAAAACAUAUUUUAAAUAGAUUUUAUUAAAAUAGUGUAUAUGCAUUAGUUUAUUUUAAUAAAAAUGAAUAUAUAUAUAUCUACAUAUUUUUUUAUCCAUUUAAAGUUUCCAUUUCUACAAAACUUAUUUUUAAAUUAUUAAAAUAAAAAAUGUAUAUACAUUAGUUUAUUUUAAGAAAAAUCUAUUAUGUAUUGUAAGAAUAUAUAUUUUAAAUCAUUUAAAAAAAAUUGUUUCCAUGCCCAAAAAACGUUUUUUAUUAGAUUUUUAUUAAAAUAGUGUAUAUACACAUUUUUUAUUUUAAUAAAAAUAAUUAUAUAUUGUAAAUAUGUAUUUUGUUUCCAUGCCUGAAAAAAAAAAUUUCAAAUGGAUAUUUUUGAAAAUAAAAACAUAUACAUUAUUUUAAUUUAAAAAAAUGCAUUAUAUAUAUAAAUAUAUAUAUAUAUAUAUAUAUUUUUUUUUUUAAAUUGUUAAUACGUUUUUUUUUUUUUUUUGCACCCCUAUAGUUUUUGUCUUAUUUAAUAAUCUGUUAAUUUUCGCAUUUUUGAGACACGGCAGAAAAAUAUAUUAGAUUGCUAUUCGUAUUCAGCAGAAAAAAAGUCUGGAAAAAACUUUCCUUAUCUUCGGACGCCGAACUUUAAGCCGUUUGUUAGGAGAAUAUAUUAGUAUUUAGGAGUCAACAAUCCACAUUUCAUUAGGUUUUUUUGACAUCUUUCGAGCAAUCGCCACUGAUAUAUGUGAGAUAUAUAUUAUAUAUAUAAAUAUAUGUUUUCACGGAAGAAGAAGAAGAAGAGUAUAUACGAGCAGACACUGUUAUCAAUUUUCCUAUUUUUCUGUAUCAGAAAAGGCCAUCAUUUCACCUUCAUGUCACUUUGGAACCACCCACCUACGUCAAGUUAGCUAACAAAGCAGCUAAAUCCGAAAAUGGGAAAAAAAAAGAAGACAAAAAACAGCAAAAGUGUAGCGCCACCUGCAGUUGGAUGUGUGAAAUUGUGUUUGAAAUGUUUGUGUUCUCUCACAGCGAUACGUUUUUUGUUUUUUUUUGUACGAGGAGAUUUCAAGCUAGGAGCAGAAGACGAAUUUUGUUGUUUUUGAAAAAAGAGCAUCUUCACGCACCAUUUGUCUUUUUCUGUACGACUUCUUUGGAACGUGUUGCGUCUCGGGCUCUGUGAAUAAAGACAAUACAAAACACUU